GAAAAAACAAAUUAUAUUCUCUUUCUCUUCCAUCAAGCAAAGCUUCAAAAAGAAUCAACUUUUUUCACUAGAGAGAAUCAAAUUUUCUUUCUUUUUUCGCUUCUGGGUAUUUGUGCUCUUUUUCUUGAGAUCUGUUCACAGAAAAAGAAUGGGUUUUUAUGAAGGAGCUUCUGUUCAUCCACGAAACCCAGAAACAAAUCUUCAGGGCAAUUCCGUAAUUAUUCCCAUUCUCACUUCUUCGUCUUCUCCAGAUCGUGCCGGAGAUUACUAUGAGAAAGGACUCAAAACCCGUCUGAAAAAGAUGAUCUUUGAUUUGGGUCUCGCUUGUUUCCUUCCUCCUCCAGCUGGAUCAAGCUCAAUCGAGAGCUCCGGCAACAAUGCAAACGGCGGAGGAAGCGGCGGAGAGAACAACAAGGCGUGGCUUUUAGCGGAAACAGCACCGGAAAAUAUGAACCCUGAUCCUCAUUCUGUCCAUUCAUCGUUUAGAUUCAGUCUCUGCUCACAGAUUGAGCUUGAGAAGAUGAAAGGAGGAGGAGAGCCUUCGUUGUCUGCUUCAUCUUCUUGCCGAAAUUUGUCAGUUUCCGGUGGCUCCGCGACGGUUUUAAUGGUGAAUCUAGAGAAUGGAGUUAAGGAAACCGGAAAUUCCACGGACGAUUUGAGGUGGACGAGAGCUCGAUCGCUGGAAAAGAGUAUUUCUCCGGUAGCUAACACUCUGGUUCGAUUCAGCUACGACGAAAUCGUCGCCGCGACUCGUAAUUUCUCCAAAGGGAGAGUGUUGGGAAGAGGAGCUUGUAGCUAUGUGUUCAGGGGUAAAAUCGGAAUUUGGAGAACAGCUUUAGCAAUCAAGAGACUUGAUAAGGAAGACAAAGAAUCUCCGAAAUCAUUUUGCAGAGAGUUGAUGAUUGCAAGCUCUCUUCAUAGCUCCAACAUUGUGCCUCUUGUUGGAUUCUGUAUCGAUCCCGAAGAAGGUCUAUUCUUGGUGUACAAGUAUGUUUCUGGUGGUAGCCUCGAACACUAUUUACACGACAAGAAGAAGAAGAAAGGAGGCGUGAGGUCAGCUUUUGGUUUGCCUUGGUCAGCAAGGUACAAGGUCGCGUUAGGCAUUGCAGAUGCCAUAGCUUAUUUGCAUAACGGAACAGAGCAAUGUGUUGUUCACAGAGAUAUCAAACCCUCCAACAUUCUUCUUUCCUCAAAGAAAAUACCAAAGUUGUGUGAUUUCGGAUUAGCUACUUGGACUGCUGCACCUUCUGUUCCUUUCCUUUGCAAGACUGUGAAAGGCACAUUUGGGUAUCUUGCUCCUGAGUAUUUCCAACAUGGCAAGAUAUCAGACAAGACCGAUGUUUACGCCUUUGGUGUUGUUUUGCUUGAGCUAAUAACUGGUAGGAAACCUAUCGAACCAAGAAGAUCAUCUGGUGAAGAAAAUUUGGUUGUUUGGGCGAAACCAUUGUUGGAUAGAGGGAUUGAAGCUAUAGAGGAGCUGCUAGAUCCAAGAUUGAAAUGUACAAGAAAAAACUCGGUUCACAUGGAGAGGAUGGUGCGUGCUGCAGCGGCGUGUGUGAUCAAUGAAGAGUCUCGAAGACCUGGUAUGGAAGAGAUUGUCUCGAUCUUGAAAGGUGGUGAAGGAUUAGAAGAGCCAAGAACAUACUCGAGCAGGAAAAAUAAUACAAAUCUUGCGGGUGUAAUCGACUCGUAUACACAGUUGCAGCAGACCAAAUCCGAGAUGAAAUGUCAUCUUGAUCUUGCGAUGCUCGGUGUAACCGAGCUUGAGGACGGUGAUCAUUUGUACGGACGAUGAAAAGAUUCUCAAAGAAAAUGGGAUUAAAGAGUGUGUAAAUAGGUAUUUAUGGAAAGUUUGGAACAGAGUUUUUUUUUAGUUUUCUUGAAUCAGUGAAUUUGAUGUGUGUACAUGUUUUGGUUUUUUAUUUUUUGUUUCCACUAUGGAUAAAAACCCGGUUUAGGUUUUUUUAUUUUUCCGGUUUGGUUAUGGAGAGAAAGCCGAUUCUCCGGUUUCGUUUUCCGUUUUCAAUAUUUUUGGUGUUUUUUGUGAAAUCCAUUUGAAAUUGUUAUUUAUUUGAUAGGUAAAAGAAAGUGUGCUGUGAA